AUGUCCAGCCCUUCCAAAGAAGAAGCCGGGCUGAACACGCCGCCCAAGAACAACAGCCUUGAGAACACUGCACCCAAAAUUGAAGCACCAUUCGAGAACGAUCAGAAGGUAGAAGCCCCGAAGCUAUCGAACCAGGAGCAGAAAGUUCCCAAACCCUGGACUGGGUCUAAUAUCGAAGAUCCCGACAAAGAGUUGGUAUUACUCAUCAAAGAUGAAAUCCGUGUUUUUCGCUCACUGUUGCGCGAGGGUGAAGAAGAACAAUUUCAAAAGUUUUUCGGGGCUUGGAUACAAGAAGAUAUGGAGAAGCGCAAGAAACAUACCCAGGAAACAAAGACGCAGGAGCCGACUGUGGGAACACAGGAAGACGUCGAAGAGGGGAAGCAAACAGAUGAUGCAGUAACUCUGAUCUCGUGGACAGAAACAUCUCGGUACCAGCUACUAAGCCGAUGCAGAGAGAUGACCAACGACGACAUCAUGGCUUCAUUCGACCGUGAGGGAGAAGACGAUUUCGACGGCGGGAUGGAUGGCAGAUUUGGCGGGUAUGCGUUGAGAUGUAUAGCGCAUGUUCCCUGA